AUGUCCACGGUCCUCGAGGCGCUGACACCGUGUGUGCUGCCGCCGACGGUGUCAGAGAGCUGCGCUGCGCGGACGGCGAGCACGGACGGCGAGAGGGUGUAUGUCGGGACGACGGACGGCUUCGUGUAUGGGUGGCGCGCCACGCAGCCGUGGACGCUGCGUGUGCGUGUCUCGUCCGCGGGCCGAGCCGUGGAAAAGAUCGUCGUGCUGCGCGACUGUGGCGCGAUCGCUGUGCUGUGCGACCACGCCGUGCAAUUUUAUACGUACCCAGAUAUGUCGUCGGUGCACCGCGCCUACUCGGCGAUCCGCGGCGUCGUCCAAGUCGCUGUGGAUGAGCGCGACCCGAGCCGUGCGUCGCUGUGCGUCAUCAAGCGGCAGAACCUGUGGGUCGUGGGCCUAGACGAUGCCGGCUGGUUUGUGCGUCAGGACAUGCCUAUCCCUCGUGACGCUUUUAUUGCGCACCGCUACGGCGACGUGGUGUGCCUCGCGACACGGACGGCGUAUGCGCUCGUCCACCUCCCGACGGGCGUAUGCACACCCGUUGGCCUGCCGAUUUCGCAAAGCACGCAAGAGGGCUCGGCGCGCACCAGGCCGGCGAUCGUGCCUGUGCCGGGCGACAUGCCGUGCUUCCUGAUCACGUCGCACUCGGAGCACGGCACGUUGGGCGUCUUUUUGCGCGCGGAUGGCGAGCCUACCGCGCGCCUUGUCGAGUGGCCGUCGCAUCCGCGGGCGGUCGUGGCGAGUCCGCUGCACCUCGUGGCGCUUCUGCGCAAUGAUACCAUCCACCUGCACGACCUUGUCUCGCUGCGGCGCGUCGCGAUCCUCCGAGCUGACGUCGAUGACCGCUACCUGGUGCGUGUGGCGCCGCCAUCGCCCGCGCUGCUGCCCCGCCGGCCUGUGCCGAGCGCGCAGGUGCUGCCGUCGCGCGUGUACCCGGCCGAGCUGCCGCGCGGAUGGCUGGGAUGGUCGCCCGUGUCGGUGCUGGUGGGCGGCCGACGCGGUCUGCGUGCGCUGGCGUCGCCGAUGUCCAGCAGCGCUGCGCUCCUAGACACGGGGCGCGCGGACGACGAGGCGGCGAUGCAGUACCUGGGCGUGUCGCACCUGCGCGAGGGACGCUUUGCGUGUGCGGCGGCGUACCUGCGCCGCUUUCCGCCGGCUUUGCUGCUGACGCUGUGGCCUGCGCUGUAUGGUGGGCACCGCACGUACCUGUGUGAGGCGGCCGCCGGUGUGUGGGCGAGGCUGCCGGCGACGAUCGACGAGGUGAUUUCGCAGCAUCUCGCGUGGAACUAUGUGCCGGCCGUGGAUGAGCACGAUGCCUCGCUCGUGUAUUUGCACGCGCAGCUGCGCCGACGUGCCGACGAUAUGCUGGCGUGGGUGCUGGCGUCGCAGGAUGCCGGCUCGACGGCGCGUGUGCAAAUAGCGCUGGCGCGCGAUCCGCAUGCGCCGCUCACGGCGCUGCCGGCGCUGGCGUCGUGCGACGUGCCGACGAUCCGGGGCGUGGCGGAGUCGCUGGGCCGCCAUGAUCUCGUGCUGGCCUUGUACCGCGCGCACCAGCGGUACGCGGACGCCGCGCAGUAUGCGUGCUUGCACGACGAUGUGCCAGGCGUGCUGGAGCAGGUGGCGAGCCUGGCGCCGGCGGACUUGUGGGUGUGCUGGCUGUGGCUCGUGCGUCGCGACGUGGUGCCGUCGGUGUCGCUGCCGUGGGACGACCUGCCGCACCGCGACGAGGCGUGGCAGGCGCUGUGUGCGAUCGAGACGCCGGCGGCGCUCGCGACGAUGGAGCGCGUCGUGCUGACGGCGUCGUCGCACGUGGACGUAUCGAUGCAGCUCGACGUGUUGGCGCGCGUCCGAGACGACGUGCACAAGGCGUGCCUGUGGCUCGAGUACGGGCCGCCUGCGCUGCUAGCGCAGACGACGCGCCACCCGCUGGAAGACGCGAUCGUGCAUGCGAAGCACGACCGCUUCGUCGACGCGCUGGCGUGCCUCGUGCGUGCGCGUGCCUUCGAGGCCGCCGACGAUCUGUGCAUGCACGGCAGCCCAUGGCCCGUGCCGCGCGCGCGAUCGAUCGCGCGCGGGCCGUAUACCCACCUCGUGCCGACGAAGGCGGCGCGGACAUGGACGCGUGCUCAGCAAGCGCAGCUUUUGUACGUGCUCCUGGACAUGUACGUCGACGCGCACCUCGAUGCGCCGGCUCAGGCGCUCCUCGCUCGGCAUGCCGCGUCCUACGACCUCGUCCGCGUCCUAGCGCACGUGCCGCCUACGUGGCCGGUCCGAGCCGUUGCGCCGUACCUCGUCGAGGUCCUGCGCGCGUCGUCGCAUGCGCGCUACCGCGCUGGCGUGACCAAGUCGAUCGCGCACAAGGUGCGUCUCGACGCCGCCGAUACCCUGUGGCGCCACGUCCGAGCCCAGGGGGGCCAUGUGGCGCCGCCGCCGCCGCCGUCGUUUUCAUAG